UGGCAAUGGGAUGAUACAGUGGUAUGGCAAUGGGAUGAUACAGUGGUAUGGGAAUGGGAUGAUAGAGUAGAAUGGGAUGAUACAGUGGUAUGGGAAUGGGAUGACACAGUAGAAUGGGAUGAUACAGUGGUAUAUGAAUGAGAUGAUACAGUGGUAUGGGAAUGGGAUGAUAGAGUAGAAUGGGAUGAUACAGUGGUAUGGGAAUGGGAUGAAACAGUGGUAUGGAAAUGGGAUAAUAGAGUAGAAUGGGAUGAUACAGUGGUAUAGGAAUGGGAUGAUACAGUAGAAUGGGAUGAUACAGUGGUAUAGGAAUGGGAUGAUACAGUGGUAUAGGAAUGGGAUGAUACAGUGGUAUGGGAAUGGGAUGAUUCAGUGGUAUAGGAAUGGGAUGAUACGGUGGUAUAGGAAUGGGAUGAUACAAUGGAAUGGGAUGAUAGAGUGGUAUAGGAAUGGGAUGAUACAGUGGUAUAGGAAUGGGAUGAUACAAUGGAAUGGGAUGAUAGAGUCGUAUAGGAAUGGGAUGAUACAGUGGUAUAGGAAUGGGAUUAUACAGUGGUAUAGGAAUGGGAUGAUACAGUGGUAUGGAAAUGGGAUGAUACAGAGGUAUAGAAAUGGGAUGAUACAGAGGUAUAGAAGUGGGAUGAUACAAUGGAAUGGGAUGAUAGAGUGGUAUAGGAAUGGGAUGAUACAGUGGUAUAGGAAUGGGAUGAUACAGUGGUAUAGGAAUGGGAUGAUACAAUGGAAUGGGAUGAUAGAGUGGUAUAGGAAUGGGAUGAUACAGUGGUAUAGGAAUGGGAUGAUACAGAGGUAUAGGAAUGGGAUGAUACAGUGGAAUGGGAUGAUACAGUGGUAUAGGAAUGGGAUGAUACAGUGGUAUAGGAAUGGGAUGAUACAAUGGAAUGGGAUGAUAGAGUGGUAUAGGAAUGGGAUGAUACAGUGGUAUAGGAAUGGGAUGAUACAGAGGUAUAGGAAUGGGAUGAUACAAUGGAAUGGGAUGAUAGAGUGGUAUAGGAAUGGGAUGAUACAGUGGUAUAGGAAUGGGAUGAUACAGUGGUAUAGGAAUGGGAUGAUACAAUGGAAUGGGAUGAUAGAGUGGUAUAGGAAUGGGAUGAUACAGUGGUAUAGGAAUGGGAUGAUACAGUGGUAUAGGAAUGGGAUGAUACAAUGGAAUGGGAUGAUAGAGUGGUAUAGGAAUGGGAUGAUACAGUGGUAUAGAAAUGGGAUGAUACAGAGGUAUAGAAAUGGGAUGAUACAGAAGAUUAAAGGCAACAGUAAACAUGUCAGGAAUGAUGCCACGCCCUCCUUGGGCCAGUUGAGAUAUUGCAUGUGACUAAUACAUUUCAGUACGUUACUAUAGUUUCUGCUUUCGACCAAUCCGUGUUAUUUUGUAAAUUCCGGAUCUCUCUGGCAAGACAUAUCAUUUCACCCAAGUUUUGUCAAACUCGGUCCGGUGCUGUCAGAUAUUGCGUGUGACUGUAUGUCCUCCUGUAUGUCCUCCUCGUAGUGCUGAUGUCACGCCCUGACCAUAGAGAGCCUGUUAUUCUCUAUUUUGGUUAGGUCGGGGUGUGACUAGGGUGGGUGAUCUAGUGUGUAGAAUUCUCUGUUGGCCUGCUAUGGUUCCCAAUCAGAGGCAAUUGUUUUUCGUCUCUGAUUGGGGAUCAUAUUUAGGCAGCCAUUUCACCACUGUGUUUUGUGGGAUCUUGUUUCUGCCUGUGAGUACUGCUUGAGCUUUACGCACCGUUUAUUCUUUAUUGUUUUUUUGUGUGUUUGACUAUCAAUAAAAUAUGUCGAAACCGAUUCCACGCUGCGCUUUGGUCUGAGUAUGAUUACAAUUGUGACAGCUGAGCGAUUACUGCUUUUUGAGGUCGGUUCAGUUUUGGUUCUAAUAUCUAAAAAAUAAUCGCAGUUUUUGAUUCCCAUUUCCAUUUUUUUAUUUUUUAAAUAUUUUUUUAUACAUGAAAGGGAAUAUGAAUUAUUUGGGUUGAAUUCUGUAACAUCACAGAAUAAAAUAAUUAAUAAAAGUCCCAUGAUAGUGGCUGUACAUUAACUGCUGAUCACUUAUUAACCAUUAUUCACAUUAUUUUCACUUUAGUAAAAUAUUUCAGUGUUUUGUUUUAUUUGAUGACUUUAUUAUUUCAUUCCAAGUCAUCUCAUUUCUAUAGAGCUGCUGUCUCGCAAAAUCACUAUUUUAGCAGUUAUUCUAAGUAAAUAAGACAUACUACUAUGACUGCUGAAUACCAACUAUCAAUCAUUUAGAUCUUGGUAGAGAUACCUGGCAAAACAACAGUUGCUCUCUAUAUCCCCGCUCUCUAUAUCCCCUCACGAUCGUGCAUCGUGUUUUCUUGCACUAAGCUAUAUAGAACAUUGGCCUGUUGGAAACUACAACUCUCUUCUACAUUUCACAGUUUAGACUGGAUCUGAUAUUUCUCUAGAGAAACUACAACUCCCUACUACAUUUCACAGUUUAGGCUGGAUCUGAUAUUUCUCUAGAGAAACUACAACUCCCUACUACAUUUCACAGUUUAGGCUGGAUCUGAUAUUUCUCUAGAGAAACUACAACUCCCUACUACAUUUCACAGUUUAGGCUGGAUCUGAUUUAUCUCUAGAGAAACUACAACUCCCUACUACAUUUCACAGUUUAGGCUGGAUCUGAUAUUUCUCUAGAGAAACUACAACUCCCUACUACAUUUCACAGUUUAGGCUGGAUCUGAUAUUUCUCUAGAGAAACUACAACUCCCUACUACAUUUCACAGUUUAGGCUGGAUCUGAUAUUUCUCUAGAGAAACUACAACUCCCUACUACAUUUCACAGUUUAGGCUGGAUCUGAUUUAUCUAUAGAGAAACUACAACUCCCUACUACAUUUCACAGUUUAGGCUGGAUCUGAUAUUUCUCUAGAGAAACUACAACUCCCUACUACAUUUCACAGUUUAGGCUGGAUCUGAUAUAUCUAUAGAGAAACUACAACUCCCUACUACAUUUCACAGUUUAGGCUGGAUCUGAUAUUUCUCUAGAGAAACUACAACUCCCUACUACAUUUCACAGUUGAGGCUGGAUCUGAUUUAUCUCUAGAGAAACUACAACUCCCUACUACAUUUCACAGUUUAGGCUGGAUCUGAUUUAUCUCUAGAGAAACUACAACUCCCUACUACAUUUCACAGUUGAGGCUGGAUCGGAUUUAUCUCUAGAGAAACUACAACUCCCUACUACAUUUCACAGUUUAGGCUGGAUCUGAUUUAUCUCUAGAGAAACUACAACUCCCUACUACAUUUACAUUUACAUUUACAUUUAAGUCAUUUAGCAGACGCUCUUAUCCAGAGCGACUUACAAAUUGGUGCAUUCACCUUAUGACAUCCAGUGGAACAGCCACUUUACAA